GAUAUGUGGAGUGUUGGUGUAGUGAUCUUAGAACUGGUUUUGGGUACGCCAGACGUGUUUCAGGUAAGUUCUAGGACACAGGCUCUUUUGGAUCAACACCUGGAGGGUUGGAAUGAAAGCUUGAAGAAGCUUGCAUACAAACUCAGAUCUUUCAUGGAAAUGUGUAUUCUGAGCCCUGGAGUUACCUCAAAACUUCAUCAAACUAGAUCAAAAUAUAACCAGGCCUCAGCUUCACCAGCUCCAUGGAAAUGCUCUGAAGAGUUCUUUUCUCAUCAAAUUAAAAACAGGGAUCCUCUGAAGAUAGGGUUCCCAAACAUAUGGGCACUGCGACUAGUACGUGAAUUAUUACAAUGGAAUCCUGAAGAUCGACCAAGUGUUGAUGAGGCUCUAAAACACCCAUACUUUUCGCAAAGGUGAUAAAAAAAAAUACCAGGUGGGAUACCUGCUCCUGUAUGAACAGCUAAAAGACAACACAACUUGUAUACCUUUACCCAAGGUUCUGUGAUUCGGAUGCCUUGUGGCCCAUUCCCCACCUCUCUUUCUUGAACUGUCCUAAUGGGACACUGGGCUUUUCAAGUGCAGCUUAUGGUUAUUUCAUUGAACUUAUUGCCUGGUGUGUAAGCUGGAGGAACAGAGAAACGGGCAGCAAAGAAUGAAGAGCUGGAAGUAGGGGUGUACAUGAUCCGGUUGAUUCGGGUUUUCCAAAUAUCAAAUCAAACCAUUUGUGUAAAAAUUUUAAAUUUAUAAAUCAAACCAAACUAAUAAAAUUCGGAUUUUUUUGGGUUUUUCAAUCUUGGGUUGGUUCGGAUUUUUCAAAUACCAAACCAAACCAUUGUGUCAAAUUUUUAAAUUUAUAAAUCAAA